CUGUCAGUUUUACGAGUCGAAGUGGUCGAAGUCGAAUGUCAAAAAUUAUCCAAUUCCACACCUAGCCUAUCCCGUAAAUAAUAAACAUUGAAAACAUUUUUAUUCCAGUAGCAUAUUUUUAUAUAACUUGAUAAAUUUCGCCAAAUAAGACUUAUCACGAAAUGGGUGGAUGGGCGCUAGAGGUAGGCAAGAUGGCUUUGUACAUGACCUUCCCGGUAGCGAUGUUCCAUUGGUUCAAUCAGCCGGAGUAUUUUGAAAAAUGGGUGACCGAAACGAAACGACAGAUCUACCCGCCGGAGAACAAAAAAGACCGAGAGGAUUUGAACAAUUGCAUCCGAUCGAUACGCGAGAAAAGGGACAUCGAACUACUAAAUGCUUUAAAGGAGCUGGAGAAGCAGGAGAAGAAAUAACUCCGAUACAAUUAUUGCGAUGACUUGUGAAUAAUUAUUGACGUUAUUGUAAUAUAAGUAGAAGGAAUUAUAUAGAACUGUAUGUAUAUUGAUUGAAACUUA